UCUUGUAGCUCCCCUUCGGUUCUCCUCUUCAAUCGGAGUUUUUGUUUUCUCUCCCCUUAUCCUUUUUGCGGACAAGAGAUUCCAUGGAGGACAACAAACCUUCUGACAAUAGCAUUCUUGAGCAGCUGAGAAACGGGUUUGCUCGAUUCGAGCUUGUAUCUUCGCCUACGCCUUCUGUGUCAGGUUCAAUUCCAUCCUCUCCCCUUUCCGCUUCGUUCUUUGGGGCAACCACCGGGAACAGCUACGCAUUCUUCGCGAGAAUCGGAACGCCAUUAAACCGAUCGCCGGCGGCGAAGAAGGCUGAGCAUUACUCGGUGGACAGAGUUACAGGGGAUGGACGUUGUCUGUUUCGUGCAUUGGUGAAAGGUAUGGCCUUCAACAAGGGUCUUAGGCUAAACCCACGUCAAGAGAGAGAUGACGCAGAUGAGUUGCGAAUGGCUGUGAAGGAGGUCAUGUGUGAUGAUGCGAAGGAAAGAGAGAAGUAUGAAGAAGCCGUAGUGGCGAUCACAGUGGAUGAAUCUCUGAAACGUUAUUGCCAGAGGAUUAGAAGACAGGAUUUCUGGGGAGGCGAGUCCGAGCUACUUGUGAGUUCUGAGAAUCCUUUUAUAGUUUCUUCAGCUUUUGCCAUUGAUUUCUUGCUCAUGUUAGGGUUUUUGAUUUUCAACAGGUUCUUUCCAAGCUAUGUAAGCAGCCCAUUAUCGUCUACAUACCCGAGCACGAGCACGGGAAGGGAGGAUUCGGGUCGGGUUUUAUCCCCAUUGCAGAGUAUGGAGCAGAGUUCAGGAGAGGUUGGGGUAAAGGAAAGGCCAAGAACGCUGUUAGGCUUCUUUACAGUGGUAGAAACCAUUAUGAUCUGCUUCGCUGAUGAAUCUCUCUCUGAUUCUUGUCGUUUUGAUUAAAAUUUUUUUUUCACUGGGUUCCUUGAUUACUUUUUUUUUUCACGAACACAAGAAAUCUGAUUUAAGAUUUAAUGCCAUUGUUAAAAGAUUUGAGCAAUCUUUCAAAUAACUGUCUUUAUUGCUGAAGGUACAAAUGGAAUCUGAAAGCUGUGUUGUAUGUGAUAAUGCAAACUUUUUUUUUUCUAUCUUAA